AUGAGAAGAGAUGGGACGACGUCUAUGGAUAUCGGCAAGGCCUUCAGCUUGCGAAGCUAUUCGGAUACCCGGCUCCGUGACUACAACGUGACCCAGAGCCAGUCUUCGUUCUCGAAGAUGCCCGGUCUCACGGAGUCCUGGGCGGUGCUAGAUGUUGCAGAGAAGGAGCCCAUGGUCAAAGCCUUGCGGCGAUCUUCAAUCAAGCUCGGUUUCGCAAAGCCGAACUUCAACUCAACGAGCAGAAUUGAUUUCCGGCCUUUCACCCAAGCCGAGCAAGGCGCUUCCCAAGGCGCCAUGGACCCUGCGGCCAAGGCAGAUCUGCGAGCCGUGCAUUACCGACUGGGUGAAGACGGGCCAAGCAGGGUGAACUACGUGUGGUAUGAGUCAGAGCUGGACCGCUGCGCUAAGAGCCAUUGGGAUCCGACGAGGAAAGUACAGGUGCCCAGUGGCCAGCUCGGAGAAGCUAGCAGGAACCACCGCAGACCGGAACCUGACGACUACAAGGAAAGGUCAGGAGAGGGACAGGGCGACAAGGAGGUGACCGGGAAACCGGCCAGGAAAGGCGAGAGUGUGAUAUCCGAUGUGAGGUUGGGGUCGAAGGGGGCGAGCGCCACAUGUGGAAGCCCCGGUAGACGGGGAGGCGUGGCAGCCUCCCCCGGAGUCGCCAAUGACACGCUCCAAGCGAAUCGGAAAAACACUGCGCAGCUUUCGUGCCGAUCGUGCUGUAACGCGCUGACGCAGCCAAAAGUGCGGCCUACGUAG